AUGUCUCAUGGUAAUACACCGGCUCAACAGAAUCCCAUUUUGAACUUUUCUCCACAUGUUCCGGGCCAAUCGCACGAAAAUUUACAACACCAUGGUCAACAACUGGGAAUAAGACAAGCAUCGGGCGCUAGUGCGCAGUCUACGGCUCAAACGCCACAUCAUACUGCAGCUUACAGUCCACUGGUUCAGAAAGUCCAAAAUAGUGCGACGUUGGCGACACCGGCGCCUCAUGUUGACAAUGGAUCGGCUGCGGGUCUCUUGGCGUCGAUGACAAAAAAUGGGCUCUUGGGAGCAGGAGCUCCUUCCACUCUGCGGAAAGUGAGCGGGUUUAGGGAUUUUGGCUCCUCCAGGGUGGGAAGUACGGCUUUCGAAGAUGCCAAAAACGAUGCAUACCAGGCUUCAGUACCUGCCGUGUUGUCGAUAGCUGAAUUACCAGCAGCCGAGAAAUUGCGGCUUUGGAGACACGAUGCCCUCAUGCAACAUCAUUAUCGCACCGCCGAAUACAUUGGCGAUAAGGUUUACAGUAUGACACAUGACCCCAAUGAUGCUUUUUGGCUCGCCCAGGUGUACUACAACACGGGCGCGUAUAUUAGAGCUGUUGAACUCCUGUCUCAUGAUAACUUAGAUGCGUCUAGUGUUAUGUGUCGAUAUUUAACGGCACUAUGUCAAGUCAAGUUGAAAAAAUAUGAGGAAGCUCUCGAUACUGUUGGAGAGACUAAUCCUUUCAAAGACGCUAACGGAGACCACCCAAAAAACGUGGAUGGUGGAAUAAAACUGGUAUCUUCCAUGUGUUUUCUUCGAGGUAAAAUUUACUGUGCUUUGAACAGUUUCGAAAAGGCUAAAGAGGCUUUUAAAGAAGCGGUUCAAGUCGACAUUAAGAAUUUUGAGGCCUUCGAUGAGCUAAUAAGCAAAAGUUUGCUGACUCCUGCCGACGAGUGGCAAUUUUUGGCCAGCUUAGAUUUUACAGAGCUUGAUGACAACGAAGAUUUGAUAAAAAACCUCUACAUUUCGCGACUAUCCAAGUUCCUCAACCUUGAAGAAGUCGAAAAGGCUCACGCCUUUCUCAUUGAUGAGUAUAAGCUGGGCGAUAACAUAGAUGUUAUACGCAGCAAAUGUGACAUGCUUUUUACACAAUGCAAGUUUUCCGCUUGUAUGAAGUUAUGUGAAUAUGCUUUGGAGCGAGAUGAGCUGAGUCUGGCGAUUUUGCCGACUUAUAUCUCGUGCCUUUACGAGCAGGGUGGGAAGAACAAGUUGUUUCUCAUCUCACAUAAGCUUGCAGAGCAUUUCCCAAAAAGUGCAGUGACGUGGUUUAGCGUGGGAACCUAUUAUAUGACAAUAAACAAAGUGGCAGAAGCUCGCAAGUAUUUCUCAAAGGCCUCGAUUAUAGAUCCCAGUUUUGGACAAGCUUGGAUAGGAUUUGCACAUACUUAUGCGGUGGAAGGCGAGCAUGAACAAGCAGUCUCUGCUUAUGCGACCGCGUCCAGGUUUUUUCCCGGCACCCACCUGCCGAAUCUAUUUCUUGGAAUGCAAUAUCUUCUCAUGGAUUCUUUGCCGCUGGCGGAAGAGUAUUUCAUCUUAGCAUAUGAGGUAUGUCCCUAUGAUCCCCUCUUACUGAAUGAAAUGGGGGUGAUGUAUUUUAAAAAAGGCGAUUAUCUCAAGGCCAAGAAAUAUUUGAAGAAAGCAUGGGAGGCCAUAAAGACGUUGUGCUCUGAAUCCAAGUCAUGGGUUUCUAUUCAUACAAAUUUGGCCCAUACCUAUAGAAAAUUGGGGCACAAUGAGCGUGCAGUCAAGUGCUUUAAAUUGGUAUUAGAAACUGCAGGAAGAGACACAGACACAUUGUGCGCUCUAGGGUUUGUUUAUUUGCGAAUGAAUAAAAUUGAGAAAGCCAUUGAUGCCCUCCACUGUAGUUUGGCCAUCAACCCAUCAAAUCAAGCGUCCCAAGAUUUACUUAAGCAAGCGCUUGAGAUUAAUGUCACAAUGCUUUUGGAUGACGAUCAUCCACUACUGGUUAGCUCGAACAUUCAGGAAAAGGGAGCUCGGUUGUUGAAUAGAAAACGUGAGGGUGAAUUCAGAGCUUCCCAGAUCGCGAAGAAACUCAAGCAGGGUCAGGAAUCCUCAGAUGAGGAAGUAGCCGAUUUGAUGGAUGUGGAAUGA